AUGGACACACCACCAUAAAAUAAUUCAAAACAUAAUGUUGAUGAUGAUUUUAGACAUGAUCUUUGUUAAAGAAUUUAUGCAAAAACUGGAAGUAAUGUUAAAAAUUUAAAUUAGAAAUGACUCAUGGUCAAUAUUAAUAAUCAAAAUAGCUUUCAGAAAAAGAUUAAUUACAAAAACUGUUUAAUGAUUUAAAGGGAUAAUUAAAGUAUAUAGAAGAAACAAAUUGGAUGUUUGAAGGAUUGAAUAAUGGCAAUGAUAAUUUUUGA